AUGCAUGAUCAUGAUGCUUCUUCGCAAAGCAAACCGGAGCGUGGUGAAUAUAUAGCUUUGAACGAAGACGAAUCUACCGAAGGCCUUGAAUCUCCGGUGCCUAAACGCCGGAGGAUAUUUUCCCUCAUAUUUCUCACCAAGCCUCUCGUAUAUGCACCUUUAGCACUUGUCUUUGCAGGAGCAAUUGUAUUCUUUUGGAUGACCCGUACCAGAAAUCUCUAUACAUACACCGAUUGCGGAGUGACUCCCGAUGAAGCGCGAGCACGAGGUUGUUUAUUCGAGCCGAUGCAACGCGCAUGGAUUCCUCCAGAGUGCUACUUUCCGGAGGCAACGGAAGACUACGACACUUUUCGGGACAGACAGUGGUACCUAGACACCAAGAUGACGAUUGACGCUGAUGUGGAGAAGUUGGAGGCUGGGGAAGUGCCCGUAGCCUAUACGCGCUACUGGCAUGACGAGCAUUGUACCUAUCUUUUCCGAAAGCUCGCCCUUGCGGUCGAUAUGGGGAAGAACAUGAUCAAUUCGAAGGCUUUGAAUAUUGAGCAUUCAAACCAUUGCGCACUGGCCAUAGCCAAGAGACUGGCUAGCUCGUACAAUGUCUCUUUUGUGGAAGCUGACCGAUCCUUGACGGAGAGCCAUUUGGGGUUCGAACGUUGCCUACCACUCAAGACUGUCCUUAGUCCGAAUUAUGCUGUUCCGGUCUACUCCAAAGGCUCAGGAAGGAACUAAGUCCUGUCACUAUCAUGGUUAAAUUGGGUUCGCAAAGCAACGAGGACCUUUUUUGGUGACUCAAUUCAGAGCUAGAUACCGACUUCUUCCAAACUCAGACGCUCUUUAAUGUCUUUUGUUUGCAAUGGAGAUUCAUUCCGAUCAUUGGCAAUUUUCUCAUGUCUUG